GCUAGGCGCCGACGUCCGUUUCUUCACAUCUGAUUGGAUCUCAUCAUAGGCGAGGCGGGGGUUUUACCGCGGUGCGCAUGCGUGCAGCAGAGGAUGGAGGAAUCGGAACCCGAGCGGAAGGUGGGAGCCAGCGGGCUCGCACCGACGAGGCGACUGCCACAGGAAGCCGCUCCGAGGCAGACGAUGAGGACGACGAGGACUACGUGCCGUACGUGCCGUUGCGACAGCGCCGGCAACUGCUGCUGUGCGCCUCGGGGCACAGAACCCAGUCCCAAAAGCCAGGAUCCUGACUCAGGCCCCUGGGCCCGAUGCCCCACUGUGCGUUGGGCUCGGCUCUGUGGGGCGCUGGUGGAACCUCAGCUCCAGAAGCUGCUGCAGCGAAGACGCAAGGGAGCUGCGGAAGAGGAGCAGCAGGACAGCGGCAGCGAGGCGCGGGGAGAUGAGGACGACAUCCCGUUGGGCCCUCAGUCCAACGUCAGUCUCCUGGAUCAGCACCAGCACCUCAAAGAGAAGGCUGAAGCCCGCAAGGAGUCUGCCAAAGAGAAGCAACUGAAGGAAGAGGAGAAGAUCCUGGAGAGUGUGGCUGAGGGUCGAGCCUUGAUGUCAGUGAAGGAGAUGGCUAAGGGAAUCACGUAUGACGAUCCAAUCAAAACUAGUUGGACACCACCCCGUUACGUCCUGAGCAUGUCUGAAGAGCGGCAUGAGCGUGUACGGAAGAAGUACCACAUCUUGGUGGAAGGAGAUGGUAUCCCACCACCCAUCAAGAGCUUCAAGGAAAUGAAAUUUCCUGCAGCCAUCCUGAGAGGCCUGAAGAAGAAGGGCAUCCACCACCCAACACCCAUUCAGAUCCAGGGAAUUCCCACCAUUCUGUCUGGCCGUGACAUGAUAGGCAUAGCCUUCACGGGUUCAGGCAAGACACUGGUGUUCACUUUGCCGGUCAUCAUGUUCUGCCUGGAGCAAGAGAAGAGGUUACCUUUCUCUAAGCGUGAAGGGCCCUAUGGACUCAUUAUCUGCCCCUCGCGGGAGCUGGCCCGGCAGACCCACGGCAUCCUGGAGUAUUACUGCCGCCUGCUGCAGGAGGACAGCUCUCCACUCCUGCGCUGUGCUCUCUGCAUCGGGGGCAUGUCCGUCAAAGAGCAGAUGGAGACCAUCCGACAUGGUGUGCACAUGAUGGUGGCCACCCCUGGGCGCCUCAUGGAUCUGCUACAGAAGAAGAUGGUCAGCCUGGAUAUCUGUCGUUACCUGGCCCUGGACGAGGCUGACCGCAUGAUCGACAUGGGUUUCGAGGGUGACAUCCGUACCAUCUUCUCCUACUUCAAGGGCCAGCGACAGACUCUACUCUUUAGUGCCACCAUGCCUAAGAAGAUUCAGAACUUUGCCAAGAGCGCCCUGGUAAAGCCUGUCACGAUCAAUGUGGGGCGUGCCGGGGCUGCCAGCCUGGAUGUCAUCCAGGAAGUGGAAUAUGUGAAGGAGGAAGCCAAGAUGGUGUACCUGCUUGAGUGCCUGCAGAAGACACCGCCGCCCGUGCUCAUCUUUGCAGAGAAGAAAGCAGAUGUGGACGCCAUCCAUGAGUACCUGCUCCUCAAGGGGGUUGAGGCUGUGGCCAUCCAUGGGGGCAAAGACCAAGAGGAACGAACCAAGGCCAUCGAGGCAUUCCGGGAGGGCAAGAAGGAUGUCCUAGUGGCCACAGACGUAGCCUCCAAGGGCUUGGACUUCCCUGCCAUCCAGCACGUCAUCAAUUAUGACAUGCCUGAGGAGAUCGAGAACUAUGUGCACCGUAUCGGCCGCACUGGGCGCUCAGGAAACACAGGCAUUGCCACUACCUUCAUCAACAAGGCCUGUGAUGAGUCGGUGCUGAUGGAUCUCAAAGCCCUGCUGCUGGAGGCCAAGCAGAAGGUUCCACCCGUGCUGCAAGUACUGCACUGCGGGGACGAGUCCAUGCUGGACAUUGGAGGAGAGCGUGGCUGUGCCUUCUGUGGGGGCCUGGGCCAUCGGAUCACCGACUGCCCCAAACUCGAGGCUAUGCAGACGAAGCAGGUUAGCAACAUCGGCCGCAAGGACUACCUGGCCCAUAGCUCCAUGGACUUCUGAGCUGGCUGUCAUCCCUCUUUCUCUCCAACGGGCCUCCGUCCCUGGGGCUCCAGCCACCUCCCACACACCCCUGCCCCGUGGGCAAGAAGCCAGCAUCCUCGGCCCAGCUGGCCUGGGUUGGGCCAGGCUGGACCUGGCUGCCUGUUCCCUGUGCCCCCCAGAAUUACUAUUUUUGCUCCUCUUUAUCCCAGCUGCCAUUAAAACACCAGCCUUUUUGGUCUCA